CCCCGCCCUCCAAAGACACUCUAGCCAAUCCCAAAACAUAAAAUGCAGAAUGUGAUCUCUCAUUGGCUAAAAAAAAGCGCGGGGCCAUUGUACUUAUAGUGAAUUCGCGCCCUCUAGUGGAUGAUCUGAAAUCUUAGCCACAUUUUCUUAUUGUACCGGACCCCCUUCCUGAGAAAGAAUGAAUGAGCGCGAGAUAAAGUGAUAACAUUAAAUAAUGCAUGACUUCGACUUAAUGGUGAGAGAACUUUAUCCAAUCUGUUUGUGAUAGAUGCCACUUACUGUCACUCAUGCAAAAAGUUACUCACACGCUUGAAGACAUUGCCAUGAAAACUGAUACGCCGUUUCUCGUCAGGCUACUCAGCCCAGGUCAAGUGAUCACGUAAAAGUGCGGUAAUUCUAUCUUAGGCCGCUUCUAAUAAAAAAGAGGCGGGGACAAUGAGGCGGAAUUUACUUCUUGAAGAAGCUUUUUAAGACUUCACGGCGUGCUGUUGCCAUAGAGACACACAACGAGCACAGAGAGACGCGCUUGGAAACAAUGUAACAUUUACUUAACAUACUGUGGAUUUCAGAACGAAGAAACAGAUUUUCAGGUUCAUGAUGUCAUGCACCCUGGCCAAGGAAAGGCUUGAAGUUUUGCAGAUCUAUCGUCUACUGCAGUGCAUCCAGGAUGGAGAUAAGCUGUACAUAGAGAAAUUAAUCAGCAUGGGUGUUCGUGACCUCAUAAAUCUCACUGAGCCACACGAGGGGAACGGUGUCCUGCACCUAGCAUCGGUGGGCAACAAACCCGACAUGCUGGAGUUCCUCAUAGCCCAAGGUGCCCGUCCAGACAUGCAGGACAGGAGGGGGAGGACACCCCUGAUGCUGGCCGCAGAGCUUGGAUAUGACAGGAUCGUGUCUCUACUGGCCAAGAACAACGCAGACAUGAAACUUGUAGACAAAGAGGGGAAAGGCUUGCUCUUCUACUGCAUCCACCCUACCAAAAGGCACAUGCGCUGCCUCCAGGUGGCCCUUAAUGGCAAUGCAGAUGUCAACAAUGUUUCAGAAACUGGGAUGCCAGUGUUUCUGCUGGCCUGCGAACAAGCUCAGGACUGUGAAGGAAUGUGUCUCAGUAUCCUAGAUAGAGGAGCAGACCCCAAUGCUACAAAUCAGGAAACUGGUCGGACAGCUCUGAUGGAGGCUACCAGAGCAGGCGCAAUAGAUCUUGUGAGAGCCAUUCUCAAAAAAGGAGGAAAGGUUAAUGUCUUGGAUAAGAAGCAAUUCCAUGCAGCUCACUUUGCGGCUGAAAGAGGCUUCUUUGAAAUUAUUACGGUGUUGUCUGCAUAUGCAGCAGACUUUGGAGCAGUAACAUCAGAGGGGGAUACACCGCUGCACUUCGCUGCCUCUGGUGGCUACACAGAUUGCUGCAGGUUUCUAGCUCAAAGAGGAUGCAAUCCCAAACUGAAGAACCAAGAAGGUCUGCUUCCCCGUCAGAUCGCUAAGGACUGUGGUCACAAAGCCACCGUCAAAGAGCUUAAGAAGGCUGAACGACUGCAUGGAAAGUUCUCAAAAGGAGCAGGUGGCACAAAUGAACCGUGGGCUCUGACGCUUCAUGACUGGUCUCAUGAAAAUGAGAAUGCACUGAGAAGUGCUUUCGAGUCAGCAUCAGACGGCUACAUGGGAAUAGAAAUGGUGUCCAGAACGACAUUUGUGUCUGUUCUUCAGGACCUUCACACUCCUCUAGAUGAUAAACAAAUUCAUGCUCUUCUGCUUGCCCUCGAUAAGAGAAGAGAGGGCUUUAUAAAUAUAAGUGAUUUUCUAAAAGGUCUCAAAUAUCUUCCAAAGACAUAUGUUAUGGCUUCUUAUGGGCCUAAGAAGAAGAAGGCAACCAAGGCAGGAAAGACCAAAAAGACUAAGUUCAAUGCACCUAUGCCCAUAUGCACUAUCCCGCCUGAUUUCAUUCAUCGGCGUGACGAUGGUGGGCCACCGCAUUUUAUGAUUGAAAGUUACCAGCAUGCUACAGACACCCACAGAUAUGACCGGGACCAUCGACCAGGACAUCCUAUCGAAGAUGAUACGGCAUGGUACAUCGAUGAGCCAGAAAAGAUAUACAUAAAUAUGAACUACUGUGUUAAAACAGGAGAUAUUGAGUCUCUCAGGUUGGCACUCAGCCAAAAGAUUCCUGUAGAUGUGAAAGAUCGCUUCUACAAGACACCACUCAUGGCUGCAUGCGCAAGUGGUAACUACGAAGUGGCAAAGUUCCUUCUUGAUAAUGGGGCUGAUGUGAAUGCAUGUGAUCAGUUCAGCUGGACACCUCUACACCACGCCUGUCAUGCAGGACAGCUGGACAUCAUACAGUUGCUGCUGGAGGCGGGAGCUUCUGUGGACCCGCCCACCCUCAAUGGAGCCACUCCCCUAAUGAGAGCCAUUGAGAGCUGUAGACCGUCCUGUGUGGAGUACCUCAUCAAAGCUGGGGCCAAGGUCAAUGCAGCAAAUAAGACAGAGCAAAACUGCUUGGACGUUGCCCACGCUUAUGCAGACUUCAGGGUGGUGGAUUUGAUCCAGGCUAAGAUUAAUACGCUACCCAGACCUAAGGAGAAUAAGAAGCACCAGCCUGUCAGAGUCCACCGCAAACUGACGCCGGCCUCAACCCCUGGGUCUACAAAAGAAAAGCAGGGCACCAUUCCCACUCCUACAGCCUCCUCGAACUCAGCAGUCAAGAAAGCAAUGAAGAAAGACAGUGUUAUCGUGCACAGCACUCAGAUCACUACCGGCAAGCUCAACAAAUUGGACAUCAGUUUUGUGCCAAGAACGACGUGGCAAAAUCAGCUGACCACUACUGAGCUGAUGGAUAGGAAAGCAAGAAGAAGGCAGCGUUUCAGUUUUGAGGUGGACUUUGAUGACUUCAAGAUGCCAUUCAAUAAAAACAUUCAGAAGAAGUCCGUGGAGUUUGAACUCACCGACUGAAAGAUUGAAGUGAUGUGCACCAAUUAUCGCUGGCCUCGGAGCAGAUUCUAGAUUCUUUCUGCUACAAGGAAAUGCACCACUCAGCUGUCCUUUUUAUUGCACGGUUCUCUGUUUGGCCAUCAGAUGGCGCAACAGUGUUUACAUAUGAACAGUGUCUGUUUCGGAUGGCUGUUCUAUGAUCCUCAGGGACUCUUGUGUUACAUCUCAGCACAGUACUGCAAAAUGGCAGCCCAAACAAUUGUGCUUGUUUAGAGUCAAAUUUUGAACUCGCUUAAAAUAUAAGUUUCAUUCAAAAUUUACAGGUACAGAUUGUAUGUGUUAUAAAUCGUAGCUGCAAUUUUAAGUCUUUUUCCAUAAACAGUUUCUCUGAUUUAUUCCCUGAUGUAUUCUGUUAGUUAAAAAAUCAAUAGAAAUGUACCACUAAUGAGUGAAAAGGAUUCUGACAGUGGUAAAGAAAUAUCCACAUUAAACCAACGUAACAAUGCGUUUACUGUAACCGCAGAGUCGGUAAGCUCUGUUUAAAAUGUCAACAGUGGCAUCUGAAAAACAGAGAUAAGGUGUUUUGUAUUUGUACAACGUGGAUCUGAUUAAAUGCGCCCAUGUCUGCUGAUACCAGCGUUAACCACUGAAUUAGAUCAUUAGAUUGCUAUGCCUUCAAGGUCUGUUGGGCAUGGUUACAUAACAAAAUAAAUGGUCAAAACCAACAGCUAUAAAUUAAGGCUACUGAAACUACGGGGUUUACACAUAUCCAUUUGUUAUCCAAUCAGAUUACAGAGAAUUUAUGUCGCUUAUCAGAGACUGUAACUAGCAACUGUGAGAUAUAUAUGGAUUUUUGUAAAUGCAUGUUUGUCUAAAUCGAAAUUGUUGACUGUUUCUUACAGAGGCUGAGAAAGAGACAACAAAAGAGCAAACAUGAGAGUGGUAGAGAGAGAGAGAGAUGGGGGGCGGCUUGGAGAGUUAGUACGUCAGAGAGCAAGAAGGACAGGGCGAAUGAAAGCGAUAGUGUGAGUGUGAACCCGUCAGUGACAUUCAUCCCUGUAGAUGUGGGUAACGACACAGAGCAGUGUGGGGUGAGUCAGUGAUGGAAAUGGAGGAGUGAAUUUUUAAUAAAAUCAAUGCUCUUGGCUUCAGUGUAAACAAAAUCUUUCAAGAGUGAUGAGCACACACAUGCAAAUUGUGUUUUCAUGUGCAGAAGUGUCUGCAUUUAUGCAUGAGUGUCAAUUAUACUCCAUUGAUGUUAUUUUUCAUCAUAAUACUCAUGUACAUUGUUAAAUUUAAUAGGAUUUGUAAUGACUACAAUUAAUAUCACUA